AUGAGAAAGAGCUUUUGGCACUGGUUAUUGCAGUUACCAAGUGGAAACAUUACUUGGAAGGACGUCACUUCACCAUCAGGACAGAUCACCAGAGCCUCAAAUAUUUGCUUGAUCAAAGGGUCACUACUCCACUCCAACAGAAGUGGCUUACUAAGCUAUUGGGAUUACACUAUGACAUUCAAUACAAAAAGGGCAGGGAGAAUGUUGUUGCAGAUGCACUAUCCAGAAGAAGCAGCAAGGAGGAAGGGAGAUUGCAGAAACGACAUGUGUGUCAUUCCUGAGUGGGUCAAAGAGGUGGAGGAAAGCUAUCAAGGAGAUGCAGAAGUUCAGGAGAUGAUCAGGAGUCUGAUCCUCACACCAGGGUCUCUACAGGACUACUCCUGUCAAAAUGGGAUACUCAAAUACAAGGGAAGGGUGGUAGUAGGAAAUGGAGGUCAAAUCAGGAGGAAAAUCAUCACUGCCCUCCAUGAUUCACAGCUAGGAGGCCACUCUGGUGUACAAGCUAGCUAUCUGAGAGCCAAGCAGUUCUUCCACUGGCCAGGGAUGUAUAAGGAGGUCAAGGAUACAAUGUUGCAGUGUAACACCUGUAGGAGAUGCAAGGACGAACAUGUUGCCUAUCCUGAUCUCCUGCAACCACUACCCAUACCUCAGUACUCCUGGAGUCAUGUCACCAUGGAUUUUAUUGAGGGGUUGCCUACUUCAGAAAGGAAAGAUACAAUCCUGGUCACAGUGGAUAGGUUCACUAAGUAUGCUCACUUCACCAAUCUAACUUAUCCUUUUGAUGCCCCAACAGUGGCCAGAGUCUUCCUGGAUCAGGUCUGUAGGCUACAUGGCAUGCCACUAAGCAUGCUGUCAGACAGAGAUAAGAUAUUUACCAGUCAGUUCUGGACAGAAUUAUUCUCACUAAUGGGGACUGAACUAUGCUUAAGUACAGUUUAUCACCCUCAGACCGAUGGUCAGUCUGAGAGGGUGAAUCAGGUUGCAACCCUACAGGCAAAAUUCUGUGGAGAUGAGAAGCAACACCAAACUAUCAGCAAGGUACUUUUGGCCUUAUCAAGUAAUCCAAAAGAUAGGAAAGGUAGCCUACAAACUUCAGCUCCCAGCUUCAUCACGAAUACACCCAGUUUUCAUGUUUCACUGCUAAAGAGGAAGAUAGGACAGAAGGUGGUUCCAGUACUACAAUUACCAGACACAAAUGAGAAGGGUCACUUCAGGAUAGAGCCAAUAGCUGUGCUAGAUCGAAGGAUUGUUAAGAAAAAGAAUGCAGCAGCAGUCCAAUGGUUGAUUCAGUGGUAG